GUUUUUUUCUUCCUCCCAGCUUAUUAUUUGAAGAUUUUCAAUUCGAAAUUAUUAUUAUUUACACUUUUUAUUCGAGAAAUGGGCCCGAAAGGUAAUGCGAAAAGAAAGCCAACGACGCAGCCCAAGGUCACGCUAGAUACGUAUUUCAGAGGCAAAAAAGAAGCGCGGCAAGAACUUCAGCCCACAGAAAGGAUACAGCAGUCAGGCGACGGUGUGCGAAAUACACGCAAGGCUGUUAUAGUAGAGCUACCUGACAGCGACAGUGACGUCGAGCUCGUCGACGCCGACAGUCUGCUCGGAGGACCGCUGGUGGCGCCAGUGACGCCACUCAGGGCAAAUCCUGUGCCUUUUAUGGAUAGAGGCGACGGGACGCCAUACCGGAAUUCACUGAAGAGCCUGGUGCAGGCCAGCGCGCAGUCGCGGCACAACCAGGCGUUUUUGGACCAGCACUUGCAGCGAGACAGCAGGAGCGACAGCGAGGGAGAGGAUGAAGAGACACGGAAAGAGGAGGAGGAAGAGGCGCUAGUGAGCGACAUAGCGUUGGUACGGGGGCGGGCGAUGAUGGGUGCCCCGCGGCUGGUGCCCCGGCUAAUUGCGUUCAGCCGGGUAGUGCGGCGUUUGAUCACGCCAAACGAAAACAAUGGACGGACAGAGGACAGAAAAAUGCUUCGGCUGGUGUCGAUGCAGGCGUACAGUGGCCGGCGCCUCGACCAAUCUACAGGCGACACGCUGGUCGAGCAAAUGUGCCGCUCCGAGGACAGCCUUGUGGCCAUACAGAGCUACCGCGUCCUAAACGUAUACUUGGACUGCCAUACAGCCACCUGGCGGCUGGCGCCUGCGCUCAUGCACCAGCUGCUCGCUGAGCUUUUAGGCGAGCUGACUGAGCAAGCCGUCGUAGUGCCGCCGACCGAUGAUCGCGGGAUGACGCCGCCAGUUUAUGUGGAAAUUGUAACCCGUAGGCCCAGCUUCACAGAGCUGGCCAGACGCAGCGCAGAUCGUGGCGUUACGGGAUCAAAAGCGAUCGCUGCCUACAUCGCCGUCCUGGCUGACCACCGGUGCACUGGAAUCGCAUCCUCAGUGCAAAGUAGCCUGGCGCGUUUAGUUGAGGACAUUGGGCCAUCCAGUUGCUGGAACGUUAUCAUACCGGAGGCUGUCCAUCGCUCUGUGCGGCUUGUUGGAAGUGUGCCUCUGGGCGCGCAGCUGCGGCUGGUGGAGGCCAUGCCAGCGCGCAGCGCGCGGGGCUGCGAGCUGAGGAGAGCCCUAGCCAUGUCUUUUUUGCUCCAUGCCUGUGGCGAUGAUAGUGAUGUGUCUGGAAAAGUCGGCCCCGAGGAGGCCGCGCAGCUGGUGGAUCCCGAGGUGGGCCUGUUUGUGGUCACACCCGCUGCUUCCGAAGAAUCACCCGAUUUUGCGCGCCUCGAGGCAUGCGUGUGUCUGUUGGGCUGCCUGCUGGACAGUGUGGCCGAGAUGCGCAGGGCUCCGGUGGCGAUGGGCAUUAUCCGCGACCGUCUGGCGCAGCUGAAUUCCCGCAUCAGCGACAGGAUGGCCGAGAACAUCUCCAAGACUCUGGCCAAGGAUGCUUUGCAGAUAUUGCUCGUGCGUAUCGUCAUGACUGCCGUCACUUCCGACCACUCUGCGCGUCUCCAUCCCGUCUACGGAGCCAAUAAUCUAGAUAAUUGGUUGGCAAAGGCAAACACAUAGCAAGGCAAAUAAACUCUGCAUUUUGUUUUGGAAAGUACAAUUGAAAAU